CUGAGCAAUUCUUUAUUUUAUGUCUGUCCAUGUAUCGAUGGUCUGAACACAAAUAUUUAAAACAAUUACUGUUCUUUUCAUUGCAAUGAUUAUGGUUACAUAUUCCAGCAAUUUUAAAAAACCCUACACUAACAAACAAACUCAGAUCAAACACGAUGCAUUAGAAAUGCAAUGGAUAAUUUGUGGAUCAUUAAAAACAUAAGCAACUCCUGUGACUAUCCAAUAAAUCAACAACUGCUGAAGUAUUUUAGAGUUUAUUAAAAACCCAGGAAACUUAAAAAGCUCAUUUUACACUCCAAAAGGACACACAUAUUGGUUUAGUUUUUCCUUGCAGCUGCCAGACAAGCAACCAGUUUUCCAGCAGCUGCUCAGCCACUGGCCUGACUGUAGGUCAGGAGACGUGUAGCCUCCAAGGGACAAUUCCCACAAACCUCCAAGGGACAAUGUCCAUAAACCUCUUCCAUAGAAGAGUUACCAGUUCUGUAAUCACAGAAUCAAUUAGGUUUGAAAAGGCCUCUGAGAUCAUCGAGACCAAUGUGACCCAACACCACCACAUCAACUAGAGCGGGGCACAGAGUGCCCCGUCCAGUCUUUCCUUACACACCUCCAGGGACAGUGACUCCCCCACUUCCCUGGGCAGCCCGUUCUAAUGUCUAAUCAGCCCUUCUGUGAAAAACUUCCUGCAGAAGUCCAACCUAAACCCUCUCUGGCACAGCUUGAGGCCAUGUCCUCUCGUCCUGCCUCUGGCUGCCCAGGCAAAGACGCUCCCCUGGCUACAACCUCCUUUCAGGGGCAGCAGACCUGCGACAGAGAAAGAAACAAAACUGCACAGAAUCUGACAAAAUGGCUCCAGAGGAGAGAAACAAAGAAAAUUCAAAGCUGGGAAAGUCGCCAAAAUAUAUGCUAAUCCAGCGUUUUGCAAAGCUUUUCUUUGGCUGUCUCGCAGCAGUCACCAGCGGAAUGAUGUAUGCUGUGUACCUCUCUACAUAUCAUGAACGGAAAUUCUGGUUUUCCAGCAGGCAGGAACUUGAACGAGAAAUUACAUUUCAGGGUGACAGUGCCAUUUAUUACUCGUUCUAUAAAGAACUGCUAAAGGCUCCUUCCUUUGAAAGAGGUGUUUAUGAAUUGACACACAACAAUAAGACAAUAUCACUGAAGACCAUAAAUGCUGUCCAGCAAAUGACUUUGUACCCAGAGUUGAUUGCCAGUGUUUUAUAUCAAGCAUCUGGUAGCGAAGAAGUUAUUGAACCAGUGUAUUUCUACAUUGGUAUAGUUUUUGGACUGCAGGGAAUUUAUGUGACUGCAUUGUUUGUAACCAGUUGGGUUAUGAGUGGGACUUGGCUGGCAGGAAUGCUGACUGUAGCAUGGUUCAUUAUUAACAGGACAGACACAACAAGAAUUGAUUAUUCCAUACCAUCAAGAGAAAAUUGGGCUUUGCCGUAUUUUGCAUGUCAAGUAGCAGCUCUCACAGGUUAUUUAAAAAAGAACCUAAACUGUUCUGCUGAGAAGUUUUGUUAUCUUUUGGUGAAUGCCUCAACAUAUACCUUCAUGAUGAUGUGGGAAUACAGUCAUUAUCUCCUGUUUGUCCAGGCCGUUUCUCUUUUCCUACUAGACAGCUUUGCCCUAGCACAGACAGAGAAGGUGCACGAGGUGUACAGAAUCUACCUUUUUUCUGUCAUUGUGGGAUACCUUCUGCAGUUUGAAAAUUCAGCCUUACUAGUAUCACCAUUACUGAGUCUUGUGGUAGCUUUAAUGCUCUCCAAAUCCCUUCAGAUGAAUAUGAAAAAAAGCACAUUUGUGUCAAGAUUGCUGAAAAUAAUGUAUAUUUAUUUGGUACUUACAGUAGCAGUGACACUAAACUUCUUAUUAAAGAUGUUCAUUCCUCAUAAAGAAAAUGAGCAUUUGCUGAAGUUCAUUGAAGUAAAACUUGGCUUAAACACAACUAAGAAUUUUACAAUGAAUUGGCUCCUUUGUCAAGAAUCUCUUCAGGCACCCUCCCAAGACUUUUUUUUGCGACUAACGCAGUCAUCACUGUUGCCUUUUUAUAUUUUAGUAUUAAUUAUCUGCCUUUUUUCUGUAACUCAGGUCAUUUUCAGGAGAAUUUGUGGUGAACCACUGAAAGAGACAGUUAAACUUGAGGAUGGUCGAAUUGGAGAGAGGCCAGAAAUAGUUUAUCAUGUAAUUCACACAAUUUUGCUUGGUUGUCUAGCGAUGUGUUUGGAAGGAAUGAAAUAUCUAUGGACACCUUAUGUUUGUAUGCUUGCUGCAUUUGGUGUGUGUUCUCCUGAACUUUGGAUGACGCUUUUCAAGUGGCUUCGACUGAAAGCUGUGCACCCAAUACUGCUGGCUCUUAUUCUGAGUAUGGCAGUUCCCACUAUAAUUGGAUUCAGCUUGUGGAAAGAGUUUUUCCCUAGAAUAAUGACAGAGCUUACAGAACUGCAAGAAUUCUAUGAUCCUGAUACAGUAGAACUUAUGACAUGGAUAAAACGCCAGGCUCCUGUGGCUGCAGUGUUUGCAGGCAGCCCACAGCUCAUGGGUGUGAUUAAGCUCUGUACAGGAUGGAUGGUGUCGAGCCUGCCUUUGUAUAAUGAUGAUGAUCUUCUGAAAAGAAAUGAGAAUAUUUAUCAAAUCUAUUCCAAGAGAUCAGCAGAAGAUAUUUAUAAGAUACUCACAUCUUACAAAGCCAACUUUCUGGUUAUUGAAGAUUCAAUUUGCAAUGAAGUGGGACCUGUAAGAGGAUGUAGAGUUAAAGAUCUGUUGGAUAUUGCUAAUGGUCAUGUGGUUUGUGAGGAAGGUGACAACUAUGCCUACUCAAAAUAUGGACGAUUUUGUCAUGAAAUCAAAAUGAACUAUUCUCCAUAUGUGAAUUAUUUCACUCGAGUAUACUGGAAUAGAUCCUACUUUGUAUAUAGAAUCAACACUGUGAUAUCCUUCCAGUCCUGAAAAAGCAUGCAAGCUUCUUUCUGAGGAUUGUUUGUGAAUGAAUUUCAGUUGGAAAAGUUCCUUUUGAGCAAGGAAGUCUAUUUUUGCAGAUAGAUGUGCACACAUGCAGUGUACUGACAACUUUACCAAACUGAAAUUCUUUGAUCUACAGAUCAGCUGACACUUAUGCCAUCCUUGAAGGAAACGAGAACAUUUAUCAGUUUCACAGUCUCUACAAUGUGCUACAGUCUUCCAUGUUUUUACAUUUUUCUUCCCAUUAGAAAUCAUCUUAAUCUUCAUGUAAAUGAGAUUUCUGAUUUUAGUGUUAGAGUGUUGAUAUGCGUAGACUUCAGUAAAUACAGAAAAAUUAUUUAAAGAGCUUGUUUAAGUCAUAUAGCUUUUAAUUUUUAGCAAGAAAGCAAUCACUAUCCCAAGUCUUUUCAAGUAAGUGUUUGGAUUUUUUGUUUGGGGUUUCUUUUUGUUUUGUUUUAAUUCUUCCUGUCUUCCAUGGUAAACAUUUCUGUGUUUCUCAAACACACAUUUAUACAUCUUAUGUGUAGCUAUAUAGUUUUUAUAAAUGAAAUAAGGAAGAUUUUACUUAAACAACACUUCCAUAGAUUAAGGCACUGAUCUCUACAUUGUCGUCUCUGUUGUCUACAGAGGCAUGUUGGUGGAAAUGCUAGGAAUUAGACCUAGCAAUAGGAGCUGACAAGCUCAGAUCUUCAGUUUGGAAAGAACUUGUCUUCAGCAUUUCUCCACACUUAGGUGUUUAUGUGUGCAUGCAUAAGUGUGUCUUUCUUGGCAGCCACCAGAAUGGGCCAGUAUAUCACAGUAUGCCACACUUGUUUUCAGGCAAGUGUAGCAGGACAGCCAGGUUUGCUACCGAGACUUCUGCACUUCAGUUUCACCACCUGUGUGUGUGCUGGUACAUGUGUGUAUGUGUGGGCAGAUGGGUGAUACUCAUUUCAUUCAACUUAUUAUGCAAUAGCUAUGUUAAGAUAGUGCCAUAACUGUCAUUUAAAACACUAUAAUCACCACCAUUAAUAAAUAAUGGUACAGGUGUUCAUAGCUAUUUUUAUAUCAAUUAUGCAGAUACACAGAUCUUUGAAAAUUUGGCAAUUUUGCUUCUCUCUAAAAUUUGUUAUAUGCCCUUUGCCUCUACAACUCCUUUUCUUAACAGAUUAUCUGUUCAUCCUGUUUGUUGCUGGCUGAUAGACUUUCAAGAAAAUGAAUGAUGUUUUAAUUACAACUCUGGGCCUAAACCCAGUGUUGAGAAUGGAAACUCCAAUAAAAAGUAACAGUAGCUUUGCUUAAUGUAGAUGUAACUGGACAAAAAGCCAGGACUAAGUUUUGGAAGAAGUUGCUCACCCCAUAGGAGUUACCUGCAGUUACAAAUUAAUGUAACACCUGGCCCAGAGACCAGUCUAUCAGGUAUGUGGGAAUGAUUCUUUGGAGCCCAGAUGUCUUUAAUAAAGGAUCUGGCAAAAUAGGAUGAAUCCUCAGCUGAAAAAUCAGCAAACCAUUCUGCAAGUGGAAGCUGCAAAACAAUCCUUACUGCAAAUUGGAGAUUUUAACUCUGAAGUUAUUAGGAACUGCAGCAUGUUGUUGUAUGUGCAUGAUUCUUCUCUGCUCUGUGCAGAUACACUUGCUUAUUUUACACUGACAUGUAGUGCUGAGAUUUUUUAAAACUUGUUAUCACUUUUGGAGUGAUUUAAAAGAAAAAAGCUUUAUUGUUGUAAAAGCUAACUUGUCUGUAAUGUUUUUUACUUUCAGUUACAUUUUUAGGACUGUGAGUCUUGACAGAAUGUUAAAUUAUGCAUUUUAUGUGAAACCAACAUUCAGAUAAAUCCAUCAAAUAUAUGGGGUGUUGUCACUGAGAGAAACAUUUAUCCAUAUAACUGAGUUACAAGUAAAUAUCCCUUCUGGGCAUACAGGCAUCAUGUUGGGGAUAGUGUGUACCUGUGUGUCUGCUGGAGUGCAGGCUGCAUGUAUUUGCUUGUGCACAAGUGCAUGUUUUACUGCACUGGGCUGUUUCAGACUGCUCAAUUACCAUAUACCAACCAACACAAGCUUGUGUAUUAACUUGAGCUAUGGCAGGCCUGCAGGAAUCCCCUCUGUAUGUGUGGAUAUAGAUGUAAUAUUUGGAAGUAAGUCUACAAUUCCUUUUUCAAUUUAGGUUUGUUUGAACCCCUGUCAAGGAAUUACGUGUCUGUGUGUUGGUCAUUUAAUCUCUUGAAGUUAGUGAUUCAUGAAUAUCACUUCAUAUCAGCAAUAAGGCAUUCCAGGUGCAAACUUCAGGGUUACACCUGUGCUUGGGUAGAUGAAGUUGCAGAACUUCUGGCUUCAUGCCUUGGACUGCCAUGCUGAGAUGUAACAUUCAACUGUCCUUGGCUGCCUGUUGUGUUUUACUACAAUGUUGUGUAUGUUACCAUGUAGAACAUAGUUUGAACACAUACAUGUAGAGCACACAUAUUAAGAAAACCACAAAUGAGGCCACCCACGCAUCUAAGCAAAACUGUCUUGUAGCACAUUGGCCUUUAUACAUGUUUAAAUGAAUGAGUUGAACUUUAUUUGAAUUGUGACAUAGUUACUGUUAUUAAUUUUGUCAUAGUUUGUAAGAUGUAUUCUUGAUACUUCAAUUGAUUCUGCUUUAGGAGAAUCAUUUAAGAUUUUUACCUUGCUUUUUAUAUUAGAGAAAAUUAUAUUGCAGCACCAUCGGCACAGCAGCCUUAAGUAACAGAAGGAGCCUUUUAUUUGGGAGAACAUUGUGGUUGUUCCUGUAAAAAGGCAUAAUUAAAAUUAGUGACUGAAAGAAUAAUAUCUUAGAAAGUGAAUUAAUUUCUUAUCCAGCCAUGGACUAGCAAAAAUACUGUCUAAUCUCCAGCUUCUGUGAAAAAUAAUAAGUUCCAGUGAUACCCCUUAGUGGGACAAUAGGGCAUAAUUACACCAGAUUGUGCAGACAACCCUGCUUGGUUUUCAACCAGAUCACAGGUUUAACUCCCUGAAAGGGUUGUGGGAAAGUUUUACAAAUUUUGAUCUGCUUUGCUGUAGAUGUUGCAAUUCAGUUGAAACAUGUGCCUUGCAAGCUUUUAUUAAACAAACAAAAACCUCAA